GGUACUUUGUCCUUGCCUGGCCUAGAUCACCGUCCGCUUGAGGAACAACUUCCCUGGUGUACUUAUGAUGCACUAGCCCGUGGAUUGCCAGUGGUAAUUCUGAUGCUCCUGCAUAUUUGCGAACAAACAAUCGAAGAUAUUUCGUGGAAUCAACGCGGAGCAGCAGGUCCAGGGGUGUAUGGGAAAAACAAGCAUCAACGUCUCGAAUCCACUUCCGCCACAUCAGUCCCUUCUCGUUUCAACGGUACAAGCGCUACUGGUCCUCAGGGUAGACGGAUUGUAUAAUAAAGCACGAACCGCUCUUUUCCAAUUUCAUCUAUACUAUCCUUAAGCCAUCCCUUCACUCAACGGAGCACACAAUCAUCCACGACUCAUAAUUCAUCCUCACCCACUCUGCAAUCUCGGCCUUUCGACCUCGACUUUCGUUUCCCGCCCUCUCGAUAUACAUCAACACACUCCAGCCAAACACCCACACACAGCUUGUACAAUUUCUUACGUCUCCACCCAAAUAUCAGCAUAAUGUCUUAUAACACCAACCAGUGGCAAAACAAGCUCGCGGAUGCAUGCCAGAGCUACCAGAUGCCUCUUCCGGUAUAUCACGUUGUUUCGGACCGGAGAGGCGGCCGUACUGCUUGGUCUUGCCGUGUGGAGGUAGGCGGAGAGCUUAUCCAAGCCAGGUUCUGGUUCGACGGCAAGAACCUCGAAAAUGCCAAAGAGGAUGCCGCUGAACUGGCUUUGAGCCGCCUCCUCACCAGCACGAGAUCGCCAUCAUCGGCAACUAGCCGGGGUAGCAUCUGGUGAUUGCGAGAGUCGUCCAAUACCUUGCUGCUGGAUCGGCAUGAUUGAGAUGGCAUUUCUGCACGUCCUAAUUUGAUUUACUACGGCGUUUUGUGUCCCCCCAUAUAUCUAGCCCCGACGGCGUUUCUUUUGUCAGAUUUGCUUUGUACAACAACAACAACAACAACAACAACAACAACAACAACCACCCUACGGCCCUGCACCUAGGUGUUCGCCCUGCUUCGGAGUAGCAGCAAUCGCUCACACCAAAGAUUAUCGAUUCCGAAGGCAUUUACUACAGCCAAGGCUACGACGAGCGUGGGGGAAUCCAACGGAUGGCCCAGUUGGGUCGAACAAAAGCGGCGCUGUGGCAAUCUGCUUGUUCUACCCGUCCGGAGCAAAGCCGUCUGUCAGAUUGCGGGAUUUCAAUAACUCUGGAGUCUCGGUCAUCACCGUCCCAAUCAUCAACAUGGUCGAUACGAGGAAAUGAUGCAUGGAAGUUUGGAGGAUGCUGGGGCUCGUUGACUCGCUAGGGAUCUGGGUUGACUCUUGACCGCAAGUUGACGGUCGAGUCCCUUGGUUCUGGGUUGACUUGCUUCUCCCUACCAACGCUACUGGUGGCAUCAUAUCUACGACAAUGAUUUGUUGGGGGAUGGAAUUCGACUGGGACCAGAAGGGAUCUCCAUCUGUCAGAUGACAGGCUUACCCGACAUUCUUUGGUUGUCUCACAACAGGGCGGACACCAAAUGCCUAUGAUCUGCUUGUUUUGGGCUUUGGUUUUGUUUUCAUAUUUCAGUUGCCAUUACUUAAUACCCUUUUUGUUCUGUUUUGGUUUUUCUUCGGGUGGUAAUCUACAAGGAGGAGGGAUAUCUGAUAUAAUGGUAUUUUAAUCAGCAAUUUGGGGUGUCUCUCUUCUAGGAGAAGGGAGGGACAAUUGGCGGGAUGGCAAGGGCUUUUAUUACGAGGGAGGGAGGCAUUUGCGCGAAAGUUUGGUCAAAAGUUUUGAUUGAUGUUGGGGCAGUCUAGGAAGAGAUGGGGGGAAGAGACUGGUGGGGGCAGACGCAAAUUCGGGAGUUAACUCUUUGCGACUUUCUCAAAACGACGCUUGGGAUGAGGGGAGAUGACUGGCUGGAUCCGGUCUGAGUGGUACAACGACAGUCAUGAGCGUUACGAGGCUGGGCUUCUCUUUUGCUUUGACGACUGGUUAUGUCAUUUCCUUCCACCUUUGGUCUAAUGAGUGAGCGUCUUAAAAAUCUUGAACACCAGACUGCAAUGUCAAGAACAUAUGAUCGG